AUGGUUGAAUGCACUGACCAGCCGCAGCCAGGUGCGAGGUUCAGUGGCUCGGCUCACUGUGGCAAUUCCCACUAUGUCCUUUCUGUGGCGCAAGCCCAGGAGGGACGGUUAGUGGCAAUGAAGUUGUUGGUGCAUGCCUUUUCGGGCCCUUUGCUGGGACUGAUGGCAGAUAGCAUGGGGCGUCGCCCGAUUCUGCUACUUGGACUCACCGGCUUUUUCGCGGCCUUCCUAUUGUUUGCCUUGGUGGCAUCUUUGCCAAUGCUCCAUGGAUCUGCAAGCGCCAUGUCGCUGUGCUUCUUCAUGGAGGGAGCAACAAGUGCCUUUGACGUUGUGUUCCUGUCCAUGCUCGCAGACAUCGCCAAAACACCAGCAGGGCGGGUCACAUCCUUCUCCCUAUACUAUGCCACAGGAGCUCUGGGCAACGCGAUUGCCAUUGGUAUCUUUGUAGAGGAGAUGACCUUGGAGGUAAAGGACUUCAGCUUGACCUGGGCCUGCAUGGCUUCUGCAAUGGCGACUUUGAUCAUUUACGUGAUGGUCUACGUCCCAGAGACUCUUCCCUCAGCACUUCGAUCUAAACACUCAAAGCCAAAAAGCCUUUACGUGCAGUUGGUGGGCCACUCAAUAGAGCAGAUGCAGUUUCUGGUCUCGAGCAGAUUUCUGCAAAUCUGGCUGGUGGCUGUUCUGUUUAAGUCCUUGGCAUCGGGAUUGUCGAGCAUCAACGCCUCGUUCACUUUGGCUGCAUAUGGCUGGAAACCAGGUGACUGGCAAGCUUGGACAUGGCCGUGUGAGGUGAUUUCCAUGAGCAGCCUCAGCAUUGGCGGACCCUGGGCUGCUCGAAAGAAACCUGAGUCGGUCAUCACUGUCACAGCAGUGCUCUCCAUUGCUGCACAUGCCGUACAAGUCUUAGCACCUUUCAACUCAUCAGCGCUGAUUGGACCCCACUUGAUGGCCGGCGUGCUGGCGCUGCAACGCCCCGUGUCAGCCGCAUACUUGAGUGGACGGUUCCCAGCUUCUCAGCAAGCAAAGGUACAGGCAAUCGCGCACCUCAGCCACAACUGCGGUGUUUCGAUGUCUGUGGCGAUAUUUUCGUCGCCGCAACUCUUUCGGCCGCAUGAGCGCGGCUGGGCUGCAGCUCGACCUUUCUGGCCUGCAACUCAGAACAAAUUUAGCAUCACCCCCUGA